UCCCGGCGUGAUCGUGAAAAUAAAUCGGAAUACGGUGGAUUAAAAAACCUGUGCUACAAUGGCCAUCGCGAAUGAGAAGGUUAAGAAAAAGUCUGACCAAAAGUCCGAGAAAAAGGAAGCAAAGUCGAGUAAAAACACAACGACAGAAAAGGAUACCGUUGAAAAGAAGCCGACCAAAAUUGUGUUCACCGAUGAUGGUGAGCAACGUGUGGUUCCAGUAGACUACAGUGAGAAAUCCGCUGACACCAAAAGUGGCAAAGGGAAGAAUAAAAAAGGUGGAAACAGCAGUAUCCUUAGUCGCCUCACUCAGGAUGAUGGCGACAUUCCCAAACGUUGGUACCAGUUGUACGAAAUGUUUAACACGCAGGGCGAGCUGAUCGAACUGAAGGAUGCCGAAAUAACGGAGCUGAAAGGUCUCUGUCGGGCAGCUUUCGAUGCUGAAUGUCACGCACGGCUUAAGGACAAUCCGUCCGAUGCCAAAUGGUUGCAGAGUGCCAUGGAGAAGGGAACAACACGCGAUCGAGCCAGCUCCGGUGCACUGCUGGUACAGACGAACCCAUUCUGCAACCUGCCAGCGCUGGAAACAGUCAUAGGGAUGGUGAAAACUUCCAACAAGGGCCAUUUGGACGUACUGGACGUGCUGACGGAGCUGAUGAUAAAAUCGAUGAUGCCAUCGCACCGAAAGUUGAUCCCCAUCCAGCAGCGCGGUGCAGAUUGGAAGAACCUCAAGAAGCAGGAAAUCAGCAAGGAUCUUCGCGAUAAAGUUUACGCACACUGGCACUUUGAGGAACAGCUCUACGAGCUGUAUUUCAGCUUCCUCACCAACAUCUCCAUGGUACUGCACAGUGCCCAAGAAGCCAGCAAAUGUAAAGCGGUCGUUCACUCGGCGAAACUUUUCGAACAGAUACCGGAAAAGGAGGCCUUCCUACUGACCAUGCUGGUGAACAAGAUGGGCGAUCCAAUGAAGACGGUUGCGGUAAAGGCACUGUAUCACCUUACGAACGUGGUCAGAACACACCCGGCCAUGGCGUUGGUGGUGACGACCGAGACGGAAAAGCUGCUGUUCCGUAACAACGUGUCCGCCAAGGCGCAGCACUACGGUCUCUCCUUCCUGUCGACGAUCAGCGUGUACGGUGAUUUCGCCACCUGCCAGAAGAUGAUCAACGUGUGUUUUUCGUUCUUCAAAAUUCUCACCGAAAAGGGAGAGGUCAAUUCGCGCAUGAUGCAGUCGAUCCUUAACUGCCUGCGUCGAGCGAUCGGGAACAUCAAGCGUGACGUCAACCUGUCGGAUAUCGUCAAACCGGAGCUGCUGAAUGUUAUGUUCCGGUUGAUUCAUCUGUCGGAUAUUUCUAUCGCGUGCCAGGGUCUUUCGCUGCUGCUCGAGGUGACUGAAGCGGAGGGUAUUGCGCAAAACCGGUUCUACAAUGCACUCUACCGGAAGCUGAUUGAUCCGCAUUUGUUCAUGGUGGGGCCGCGUAUUGCAAACGUCUUGUUCCACAUCCUGCACCGGGCCAUACAGAACGAUCCGCGCCCGGAGCGUGCGCAGGCUUUCGUCAAACGUCUGCUGCAGGUGGCGUUCUACUUCCCACCGGCACUCGUCUGUGCUGCAUUGAUCAUAAUCAACAAAAUCCUACGUAAACGUAGACAGUUGCUGUUGGAUGGGCUGCCAGCGGAAGAACCAAUUGGCAGGGAGGAACCAGAAGCCGACGCGCAAAGUGAUGAUGGCGGGCAAGAUGGCGAAAAGGAAGCAAAGCCGGCGGUAGUACGUAAUGUGAAACGGUAUGAUGGGUUCCACCGGGCGUCGGAGUUUGCCGGUGCGCAGUACACGUUGAAGUAUGAGCUUACGCGAUACUUGUACUACUUCCAUCCAACGGUACAAAAAUUCGCCGCGUCCAUCAUCAGCAAUACCGCCUUGACCUACUACGGUGACCCGCUGCGUGAUUUUGCGUUAAGCCAUUUCCUCGAGCGAUUUGCCUUUAAGAAUCCGAAGAAACCCAAACCGGUGACCCUUGACGAAAACGGGCAAUCGAAACGGGUGAUGGUGAAGAAACGGAGCGACUACGUGGCGGUGGGUUCCCGGGCCCUGCCGGUCGAUAUGCUUACGAAGGACCAGUGUACCGAGGAUGAUCAGUACAUUUUCCAUUUCCUGGAGCAAAAAAGGGAACGGAUGCAGCAAGCCCAGGUGAGAAAGAAGGCUCGCGAGGAGCUCAAGAAGCAGAGAAAGAAGAAAAAGGGUAAAGGCAUCGAUGACGACGAUGACGAUGAGGAGCUGGAUUCCGAUGUGGAAUCGAUCGACGACGAUGAGUUCGAUGCGUACCUGGAUCGGUUGGGUGUUCCUGGUGGACAGGACGACGGUGCGAACCUGGACCGGGAGGAGCUCGAUUUCAUGCAGGAGCUAGAAAAAGAUCUUGCAUCGAGUAAAAAGAAGGGAGGCAAAAAGGGUGCGGAGGACGACGAUGACGAUGACGAGGACGAGGACGGACUGGAUGAUUGGGAUGAGGUUGAGGGUGAUGAGGAGGACGAUAAUGUUGGUGACUCGGAUGACGAGUUUGGCGCCGGCGGUGACGACGAGUUUAGUGACGGUGGAAGUAUUUCACUGGAUGAAGAUGGCGAACAGAUGGAUGAUGAUGAAGACGAUGAGGAUGAUGAUGAGGAGGAAGCACCGGUGGCGAAGAAGCGCAAGAAGUCGGCGUCCUCGGUGGCGCACGUUAGCGAUCGUGCAUUUGCCAAGAAACUGAAAACGGCCGACAUGAACUCGCUAUUUGCGGCUGCGGACGACUUUUCCGAAAUGCUGGAGGGCAACGCUGAUGAGAGUCUUUCGGCGAAGGGAGCAGAAGGUAAACGAAAGAAGCGCUCCAAGAACGCGAUCGCAGGCGCGCACGGUACGGAGAUGGAGGUGUUCAAUCAGGACAAAUCAUCCGUCAAGCAGAUGGCCUGGGAACAGACGAGGUUCAGUGGCUCGAACAGCAAACACUAUAGUGGUGCCGGAAAGAAAAAUUUUAAAGCGAAAAACUUUGCUGGCGCUAAGAAACCAUUCAAAGGCGCCAGUAAGGGCAAGGCGAAAAAUCGAAAGUAAAAACUAUACCAUUGAAAAACUUGGAAUGAUGCCUGACGCUGAGGAAAUAUGUCACACACAAUAAAAAUAAGGCUUCUACAUAAAUCUGUCCCUGACUUAAAUGGAUUGAUUUUCUCGUUGAUGAUAGUUUGAGAAAAAUGUGAUCGAUUACUAAAAACAAUCGAUCAAUCAGUACAACAAAUCUGUUUCAAGCUGAGUUGUUUGUUGAUAUAUUAAUUUAGUAUUAACAAAUCCCAUUGUUUCUCCGUCUACGUAAAUUAUGUAAAGUUCCCGUUCAGUUAUUACAGAUACAAACAGGUGUGUAAGCUA